AAAAAAAAAAAAGUGCGGUCGCGCUAGACGUAUAGAAUGGUUCUUUCACAGAGCCUUCACAGAAUGACGUAUCAUUUGCCUUGAAAAAUGAAUUUUCCAAUAACAAAAGAAAACAACAAUAAAGGAAAGGAAAAUCCUCUCACCAUUUGGAACCCUAAAAAUCGCCUCCACCUCCAUCCAGUCGACGGACGAAUCUCCUCCAUGAAAUCCACCUCCGGCCGACUGAUCGACGAGUCGCCUCUGGGAAGACCACCUCCGGCAGCCCGAUCGACGAAUCGCCGCUGCAAAAUCCCCGUCCGUCAACCUGUCUUGCUUCCCCUUUUCGUGGAUUCGGAACGUCGUAACCAUCUCUUCCCCAUUUUCAGUUUGUGGAGUAGUGUCCUCCCAGUAUCUGAUAUCUUUUACCUUCAGGAUGAGGGGGAGGAAUGUUGGUGUCUGUCACGGCUGUAGAAGUACGGACACUUCUUCCUGAAUUGCCCGAUAAAACGACGAUGCCCAUGGUGUAUGCAUGAACUGCAAAAAUGUUUUGAAGUUGAAAGGGAGACAAAGAACAAAGGGCGAUUAUUCAAAAUAUGUAGUGUUAACUGUGAGUAUUUUGAUUGGGUCGUCAAUGAAAAAUCAAGCAGUGAAUCUAGCACGACUAAUGAAGCAGUGAAUCUCGAAGCCAUCGAGAAAGUCGAAGAUUUGUCGACCAUGUUCGACAAUCUAGCUAGAAUAGUUGAAAAAAGAGACAUUGAAAUUUCAUUGAACGUGACAUUCCAUAAGGGAAAGGAAACUGCCGAGGUGAAUGGAAUGAAAAAGGGAAGGGCCGCGCUUCAUAGAUAGUAGGCAAAACUGAUAUUUUGCAAACAUGUUUUUGCUUGGCGAUUGCUAUCGAAAAAUUUAUGUAAAAUAUGGUUUUGUAAUUAAAUGUUUGACUUAAUGCUAGGUAGAAAUAGUUCUUGUUGCCAUAUCAAUAUGUAUGAACUGAGGACAGGACCAGUUGCAACU